UGUUGUUGUAGGUAGGCCUAUUGGUUUACACCGGAUAUUACUAUGUGCAAUUAAGUUAUAUACAAUAUUAUAGUUUACUAUCCUGAAUAUAAAAUCAACAUUUAGAAAUACUCUUAUAGUUUAAGGUUAACCUUAACCCUAACUCAAUAGUAUAACAAAAUAUUCGAAAUUUCAAUAAAUAGGUUGAAAUGUUGUUGUAUACGGGAUCUUUAUUGUUUGACCCUUCGAUUGUUAAUCUCAACAAGCUCACAUAUGUUUAUCAACUUAGACAAAUUAUAACUUUCUGUGUUACGGAUAUCCUCUACGAUAUGCAAGGACGAUCAUAGGUAAAACACGGUGGAAAGCGUUUUGUCUAUCAGAACAGCUUAAAAGUAGCCUCAAAUGUCCCAAGUCCUCUGUGGGAAAGACAGGUUCGGCCGUAUUCAGACAGCAUUGUCCAACUUUAAAUAGACAUCUUAAAGCUAGCCACCAAUAAUCAUGAACCUCCAACAAAAAGUUAUGACAUCAACACCAGAAGAAGAAGAUAACCAUACAGAACAUUUAAUUAUAAUAUCAGUGCGCUACAUCGUCGGUCUCAUUGGUAUCUUUUCCAACGUCUUCGUAAUGAUGAUAUUUCUAUGGGCCAAGAUCCACAAGAAAUCCUUCACCCACUUGCUUCUUCUGCACCAGUCGGUAAUUGAUGUCAUUGCGAGCUGUUUGUUUCUAGUCUACUACACCAACGAAACACCAGACGGACUCCGCGGUACAAUAUUCUGCAAAACGCGUUCCAUCUUCUGGUCAUUUGCAUUUGCGUCAACAUACAAUCUCGUCAUCUUGACCAUAGAACGCUACAUUGCUGUAGUUCAUCCAAUGACGUACAGAGAAAAGAUCAACGGGAAGAGGAACAAACUUUACCUUGUAAUCCCUCACAUUGUCGGUAUUGCAAUCGCCUGCCACCUCGCAAUUCUUGGCGACACGAAUAAUGCAGGGAAGUGUUACUUUGAUUACCGUAGCCCGACAUCACAAUUAGCAUCGGGUCUUUUCAUUUUUAUCAUUUCUUGGCUAAUACCGUCUCUGAUCAUGGUCGUCUGCUACACCUACAUUUUAAAAUCAUUUUACUAUAGAUUGAGACGUGGUGGUUCUAAAGCUACACCAGGCCGUAGUGGAUCAAAGUAUUUACAGACGGCCCAGCGUAGCCUAACGUACACGUUACUGUUCGUCGCCAUAGCAUUUUUGCUUUGCUGGACCCCCAACUACGUUCUCUAUCUGUCGUACACAAUCUGCCGGUGUUUCGAGUUCAACUCUUCAGUUGCUCACGAGAUUACAGUUAUCCUCGAUGCCGUUAAUCUCAUGAUUAAUCCCAUUAUUUAUGCUUUCAAGUUUAAUGAUUUUAAAUUGGCGGUUAAGAAAUUUUAUAACAAAUAUUUUGACAAAGGCAACAGAAAAGAUGACAAAACCGAAGCCGAAUCGACAGGCGUUACGCCUAUCUCGGCAACUACUGAAGCCUAGCAGGCCUAUCACAAGAUUUAUAUAUAUAUAU